AUGAAAGCCUUCAUUAUUGUCCUUAUUGCUUUAUGCGUCAGUGCUGAUGUUUCAGUAAGUGGAAAUUGGGUUAAAGGUUUAUACGAAGCCAAACAAAAACUCUCUUUACUUGAUACUAAAUAUGAAGAGAUCCUUGACGUUGAAAGACAAAUUCAUGACAAAAUUGACCACGCUCAACUUGAUUAUGAAAAUGCUCUUCCAUCAGCUAAAAGUGAAAUUGCUGAAAAGAUGAGUGAAAUGAAAUCACAAAUAGUUUCAUUACAUGCUAGAAAAACAAGAAUUAUAGGUGUUAUGAAAAAAAUACUCAAUAAAUUCCCAGCUGAGUACAAGGAAAGACUUAUUAGAGAAGUACAUCUUGAACAAAGAUUUAAUCCUGUUGAUGACCUUCUUACUUCAACCCUCAAAAUGUCUUCUAAGAAAGCUGUUAAGAAAGCUGUCAAAAAAGCUCUUAAAGCUGCUCUCCUCUAA